AUGUUUCAUAACAUGCUGUUAACUGCUUUGACCCCGCACAGUAAUACAUAUGAGAAUAAUCCAUGGAAGAAUCAGCAUUUCGCCACACUAUGGCCUGCGAUUCCGGAAAACGUUACAAAAAAUGAAUCGAGUAAGCCUAGAAAGUACAAAUCUAAGCGUGUGCGUACAUCUUUUACUUGGGAUCAACAGUUAAUGCUAGAAGAGACGUUUGAGAAAACCCAAUAUAUAACUGGAAUUGACCGCCGAGAACUAGCUCAAAAAUUGGGCAUCGGCGAAAAAUGCAUCAAAAUAUGGUUCCAAAACCGAAGAAUGAAGAACAAAAGAAAAUCUUCAGAGUCUAGUGAUUCGUAUACUGAAGCAGAAUGCUCAUCUACAUCUGAUAUUCCAAAACCUGUCCACGCAAGAAUAUCUAGUGCAGUUAACAUGACAUUUCCACAUAACGAAUAUGUUUUACCUAGUAAUGUUGGAAGGAAUUUGUUUAAUAUUGCUCAAGGUACUCAAUUCAUCAGACCUUCAUAUGAUACAGGAUUUCCCUACGAUACUAAUAUGUACCCAACCCAAUACUAUCCCAAUAAUAUAACCGCAUACUACGAUUCGGGUGAAAAUCAAGGCAUCCAAAAUCAUAACCCGAAUAAUUACAAUCGAAUAUCCAAUGAUCAUGACAAUUGA